UCAAAAGACAACGGUUGUUCGUUAGAAGAUGAACUUUUCAAGCGAAGCUACAAGAAAUGUAUCGUUACAGAUCAGUUUAGACGUUCCAAUGAACAUUCGACCUAUGUCAUUAACGCAACAAAGUUACCGGUAUGUCAUCAUUGUUGUUGGAGCUUUGAUCAAUUCCCUUGUUGUGUUGGUGAUACGUUACUCUCGUCAGCUCCACUAUCCUCGUCACGUGUACUGGGGAGCAAUUUCAUUAAUCAACCAAUGCUACCUGGUUCAAUCAAUUUUGGAAAUAGUGGCCAUCGUAGAUCACAAUCGUGGGGCAUGUCAAGCUUUCGUACUCAACGCCGGAGUGUAUUACACAAUUAUGUUGACAUUCCUUGCCCUCGCAGCUCUUGAUCGUUAUUUGGCUAUAGCGCGAUAUGAGUGGUACAAGAGGAAAGUCACUAAUCGAGCCACCAUUUAUUUUUUACUCUUCGUUUAUGUCGUAACACACAUGGCGAUCAUCAGCCCAUUCUGGACUGGCUUUAAAACUAUAAAAAAUUGUGCAGUAAACGUCACUCAUAUGCACUGUGUCAUGAUUUACGACUUACUAUUGGGCGUCCUCUGCGUGGUUUUGCACCUUAUGAUAUUCAUUCGAUCACGGGAAGCCACUCGUCAAUAUCCAAACUUUCACGGAGCUCCAGUAGCGCUUCGAUUCCAUCAAACAGCUCUCACGAACGUUACUCCUGCGACCGGUGAACAGGUUCAUGCCAAUUCAACCCGUAAUAAUCGACCUUCGCGUCAGGUUGGUCAACUUGCCGAAUCCGAAGCGAACGCAGUAGAGACACCGUGUUUUCCGUGGUUGUAUAAUCGUCCGAGAUUCAACCGACUAGAAAUUCGUGCUGCCUUUAGUAUGUCGAUCAAUGUUUUGCCGGUUUGGCUGUGUACUUUUCCCGUCACCGUGAACACUAUCUUCAUCUAUUGGUGCAUUCGUCUUGAAACAAGUUGCCCGAUUGUCUUCCGACUCAAUCCGUAUCUCUGUGAUUUAUUCCUCUUCCACACUGUUUAUAACCCUUUGAUGUAUACGCUCACCAGUACGGAAUUCAAGCGAGCCGUGAUGCAUUUGAAACAGAAACUAAAAUGUAAUCGAUGCAACUAACAAAUAUAGGAGUUGUCAAUGGGGGAAAAUAUACGGUAGAUACGGUUUAUGAUUUUAACAAAGUUUGACGG